GAAAACCGAGAUUCCACCAAAGCAAGCAUGCACCCAGCUAUCGCAAAGGGAGCACCAGAACGAAUCCAUAGCGAGGAGUCAAGGCGAGGGGCGAGGGGUCAUUUUCUUUCUCUCUCAUAACAGAUGGGUGGUAGGAUCUAGAUGGAAAGAUAGACGGACCCGGGGGGCGAGAGAGAGAGAGAGAGAGUGUGUGUGCUUCUGAUAAGCCCAUGUGUCCUGGGAGCGGAUCAUUCCUGUACUGGAUCGGCCGUAUUCUGUGGAGUCAGAAAGCGGAGAGGCCAGGGGGAAGUCUGCCGGUGGUUUUGUUUAUGAAAAGAGAAGGCUUCUAAUUGCCAACGAAAGCCCAGCUACUUCGUUGUUCAGAGGAGUAGUUGGACUCCCAUCCAUAUGAAAUAGACGACGACGACGACUUACUUGCAAGCAGUUUGCAGUUGGCUGUAAAAUAUUUCAUUGAAGAAUAGGAUUCGUGCAAGGAAGAGGAAGUCUAGCAUGCAGAGCUCGGAGGAGAGCUGGAGUUUGUUAUUCUAGCCGGGAUAUCUUCACGGGAUCUGAAGCAAGAAUAGUAGCAGCUAAGGAAGGAGGAAGGAAGAAGCUUCCAGAAGAGGGUAUAGCCACUAGAUCUAAAAGGAGGAGCAGGAAGAAGAGAGAAAGAAAGAAAGAGGAGUAUCGGAAUAACAAGUAUGCUUGUACCUGGAAUCCACCCAAGAGCCUUUUGCACGGUGAUGAUUUUUUAGAAGGAAAGAAAGAAAUCAUAAUCAAGCAGUGGCCAUCUUCCCUUGCCUCUCUUGUGUGCGAAUUUCGAGAGUCGACGAGCUGGCAAACCGGUGGUGGGCCGGGAGCGUGGGCAUGGGAGGGGUCGACCCGGUGGUCACUUCCUCGGCCGCCGCCCCCCCUCCCCUCCAUCUCCGCAACCCCAACAACUCCCAUCUCAGCCCUCACCGCCGCGAACAACAGCAACAACAAGAUCCGACGCCCAACCCCGCCACCCCCAACAGCAGCGCCAGCAACAACGACGGCGACGACAGCCGCGCCGGCACCAAUGCCGACGACCACUCCUCCGGCGCCGGCCUUGAGGUCGUCGAUGCCGGCUCCGGCGGGGGAGGCAGCUCAGGGCGCCGCCCCCGCGGACGCCCCCCUGGGUCCAAGAACAAGCCCAAGCCCCCCAUCAUCAUCACCAGGGAGAGCCCCAACGCCCUCCGCUCCCACGUCCUCGAGAUCGCCAGCGGGACCGACAUCAUGGACGCCGUCGCCGUCUUCGCGCGCCGCCGGCAGCGUGGGGUGUCCAUCCUCAGCGGCAGCGGCGUCGUCACCAACGUGACCCUCCGCCAGCCCGCCGCCCCCCCUGGCGCCGUUGUCACCCUCCACGGCCGCUUCGAGAUCCUCUCCCUCUCGGGCGCGUUCCUCCCGCCGCCGUCCCCGCCGGGGGCCUCGGGGCUGACGGUCUACCUUGCCGGUGGGCAGGGGCAGGUGGUCGGAGGGAGUGUGGUCGGGGAGCUGGUCGCCUCGGGGCCGGUGAUGGUGAUAGCGGCGACGUUCACCAACGCCACCUACGAGCGGCUGCCCCUGGGGGACGAGGAGUCCGAGGCGGCGGCGGCCCCGCCGGGGUCGGAGGGCAUGCCAUUGCAGCAGAGCCCGGGCGGCAACGGAGGUUCGUCGUCGCAGCAGUCGCAUGGGGGGAUGGGAGCGGACCCGGGCUCGAUGCCGCCGCUCUAUAAUUUGCCGCCGAAUCUACUGCCUAACGGUCAGCUGCCGCACGACGUGUUCGGCGUUUGGGCUUCCACGGCUCCUCGUCCUCCGCCAUCCUACUAGGUUCUCCUUCCCUAUACUAUUUUCAUCGUGAAAAAACAAUUGUUGCUCUCUUUCAAGUCCUAGUUAGAAAUAUUGUCUAUGUUCGGGUUCUUGUUUUGUUCAUGUCAUUGCAUGGUUUUUGUAAACUUUUAGCGAUGUGAUAUUAGCUACUUGUAGAAUUGGAGGACAGUUUUAAAAGAAUGUGUUGCUUUUCUUCCCCCUUGUUAUGUUCAA